AUGCCAUCAGGAUCAGAUGAUGGAGGGUUGGGGAGGCCAAACAGCCCCCAACCCGCACUCCUCUUCCUCAUCGCGCGGGAGGGAAAUUUCCCCUCCCAACCUCCCGCCUCCGCGCCGCCGCCCGCCUCCCCUCGACCCCUGCCACCGCCGCAACCUCCCCCGCCCCCGGAUCCGCGCCUCCCCGCCACCCGUCGCCCCGAUACGCGACCUCCCCGCCAACCGCCACCCCCGAGCCGCCCGCCGGCCGCCGCCCGCCUCCCGACUCCGCGCCCCCUCCCGCCUCCCCGCAACUCCCCGAGCCGCGCCACCCCCGCCCUCGCCGCCGACCCUCGCCGCCCCCGCCUCCCGACUCCGCGCCGCCGCCCGCCUCCCGCACCCUCCCCGAGCCGCGCCACCCCCGCCUCGCCGCCGACCCCUGCCGCCGACCCCUCCCCGAGCUGCGCCACCCCGCCUCCGCUCGCGGUGGAGAUGCCGCCGCGCCGCGCCCUGCCGCGCUCGUCCACCGGCUACCACGGCGUGCAGCUCCGCCUCUCCAGCCGGUGGGGCACCGAGAUCACGCGCGGCGGCGAGCGGUUUUGGCUCGGGACGUUCGACUUGGCCGAACUCGCCGCCCGCGCGUACGACGUCAUGGUGUGGCGCUACGACGGCGGCGCCGGGCCGCGGAACUUCUUCGACGUUGACAACCUCGCGGCGGCCGAGUUCGUGGCGCCGCCGUUCAGCGUUGUUACCCGCGCCGAGGAGCGCGCUGUCCGCCGGGAAUACAUGCGGAUGUCCAUCCAGAACCGCGAUGAGGCGGAAAUGGCCGCCUUCCGUGCGGCACAUCCGCAGCACGUCGCAGAGGAGCUCGAGUUCUACGCGCAACUGGCGCUGAUCGCGGAGUUGGAGGCGGAGGAAGCUGCCAAGAAGGCCGCGGAGGAUCCCGAUUGGUACGACAAGAUGGUCGCGGAGAUGGAGGCCGAGGAUGCCGCGGAGGUAGUCGCUAAGAAGGCCGCGGAGGAUGGCGACAGCUCUGAUUUCGAUGAGGACUUCUGGGAUAAACCCUAG